GCCGAGCGGCGCCGCUGGAAAGUUCUGAGGCGAAGCUGCACGCCUCCGGCGCCGCGGGCCAGCAGCAGCGGCUUCUCCCGGCUCUCUCUCAACGCCGCCGCCGGCCACAGUGCGUGCGGACAAGUUGGCAAAGUUGAGGGCGGCGGCGUCCGGGCGACAGCUGUUUGCGCGCGAGCUCCUCGGCCUCUAGCCAGCGAGCCCCGGAGGCGAGCUGGAGGUGCCAGAUCCCAGGGGAGGAGCGAGGACGGGUGGGACGGUGCCCAGGGCUUGGGAAGGCUGCGCUGCUCCCGUCCCGUCGCGCCUCCGUCCCUUCUGGGUGACCUCAACCUCUUUAUACCGACCCCACCUCCCGGGAGCCUGGAGUACCGCCCCGUAGGGGGAGGGGAAGAGGACGCGAACUCGAACGCAGAUUGGGUCCUCCGGGCACCCGUAGUUGGGAACGGCGGACCGUCGCGCACGGGGAAGGAGACCCAGGACUGCCUGUCCCAGCUUGGAGAGCGCGAGUGGGCGUCGGGACCCCCGGCGACGCGCGGAGCGGCGGGCGCCGUCAUGGCCGACUACUGGAAGUCACAACCAAAGAAAUUCUGUGAUUACUGCAAAUGCUGGAUAGCAGACAAUAGGCCUAGUGUUGAAUUUCAUGAAAGAGGAAAGAAUCACAAGGAAAAUGUGGCAAAGAGGAUCAGUGAGAUUAAACAAAAAAGCUUGGAUAAGGCAAAGGAAGAGGAAAAGGCAUCCAAGGAGUUUGCUGCAAUGGAGGCAGCUGCCCUGAAAGCGUACCAAGAGGAUUUGAAGAGGCUUGGCCUAGAGUCAGAAAUUCCAGAACCAAGCAUAUCACCAGUAACCAGUACUCUCCAGCACACCUCUGCAUCAAAUCAACAACAGAAAGAAAAGAAGAAGAAGAAAAAGAAAAAUGACCCUUCAAAGGGUAGAUGGGUAGAAGGCCUAACCUCAGAGGGUUAUCAUUACUAUUAUGAUCUUAUCACAGGAGCAUCUCAGUGGGAGAAACCAGAAGGAUUUCAAGGAAACUUAAAAAAGACAGCAGAAAAGGCCAUUUGGGUAGAAGGUUUAAGCGAAGAUGGUUAUACCUAUUACUAUAAUACAGAAACAGGAGAAUCCAAAUGGGAAAAACCUGAUGACUUCAUUCCACACAUUGGUGAUGUGCUGUCCAGUAAAGUUGAUGAAAAGUCAGCCGACAACCUAGAAGAAUCGAAAUCAUCAGAGUCACAAAGUGAUUCUGAAGGGGAACAGAAAACAGAGGGAGAGGUCUCUACAGAAACAAAAAAACUAAUAAUAAAAUUUAAGGAGAAAAACAAAAGUAAUGAAAAAAGAAUUAACCUAGAAUUACAAAAAGAAAAAAGUAUCCAAAAACAGAAUUCACCAAAUACAAGUGAAGAAAAAUCCAAAACUCAUAAAAAACCAAACCCAUAUGGAGAAUGGCAAGAAAUUAAACAAGAGGUUGAUUCUCAAGAAGAGGUAGAUUUGCAACUUCCAGGCACUGAAAAUGACUGUGUAUCAACUUCAGAAGCUGAUGUUGGGGAAGCCAAAGUGGUAUUUAAAGAAAAAACAGUCUCUUCUCUUGGAGUUGUAGCAGAUGGAGUUGCUUCAGUCUUCAAAAAGAGAAGACUUGAAAAUGGAAAAUCAAGAAAUUUAAGGCAGCGAGGCGAUGACCAGUAACUGUAAAAGCUUUUACAUAGGCACAUUUAGGACAAAGCAUACAACUGUGUUUGUUUCUACAUACUUCAGUGCUAAAAAUUAGGAUGUAUUCUUCCAGGUGUAGAGGCACACACCUUUAGUCCCAGCACUCGGGAAGCAGAGGUAGGAGGAUGGCUGUGAGUGCAAGGCCAGCCUGGGACACAUAGUGAAUUCUCAGCCUGGGCUAGAGAAAGACUGCCUCAAAAAAAAAAAUAAUUCAUUUUAAAUUUAGAUUUAUUCUAAAUGGAACUUAUGUGAAUUGAAAUAAAUCUUUUUCUUGUUAAA